AGAAAUUGAAUGGUCUGAUUCGUGCGCCAGUGCUCAGAGUCGCAGUCGACAGCAGCAAUGGAGGAUCGACUGAGCUUUAAAUACCCAGCAACGAAGGUGCUCUCAUCUUGACCAUGCUGUUUGGCUUCUUUCAUCGAUCACAUCGUCAAGCAAACGGCGCUCACAAGGCCUCCCCUGGCGCCUUCCGCUUCCAGCUUGCCCUGGGGGGAAUGCUGUGCUGUAUCGCCAUAUGCCUUGUCGCCUCCCGUUUAGCGUGAUAUAGUUUGUAGAUCGCAUCGGAGACUGCUUUAGCGAAAGAGUAAAUUUGGGAUUGGAAGUUCCUCGAUGGAUCCUGAGCUCGGAUGCAGUGACAAAUCCCUAAAGAAAAGUUCAUGGAAGACAACGAUGCUCUUGGCGUACCAAAGUCUCGGUGUGGUAUAUGGUGACCUGAGCAUCUCGCCUUUGUAUGUUUACAAGAGCACGUUUGCGGACGAUAUAACACAUUCUGAAACCAAUGAGGAGAUCUUUGGUGUGCUAUCCUUUGUGUUCUGGACCCUUACUCUUGUGCCGCUUCUCAAGUAUGUGUUCAUCGUUCUUAGAGCUCAUGACAACGGGCAAGGUGGUACUUUUGCCCUUUAUUCUCUGAUAUGUAGAAAUGUCAAUGUGAGUCUUCUUCCCAACAAGCAAACCUCAGAUGAACAGGUGUCGACCUACAAAUGUGAAUCCCACCAAGCUCACGGUUAUCAUUGGAGGAUCAAAAUCUGGAUUGAGAAACACAAGAAUUUGCAUAUUGUUCUUCUGAUAGUGGCUUUGCUUGGCACUUGUAUGGUCAUCGGAGAUGGAGUGCUAACUCCUGCUCUAUCAGUUUUUUCUGCAGUAUCUGGUCUCGGGUUGUCUUUAUCGAAGACCCAACACGAAUAUGCUGUGGUCCCUAUUACCUGUUUCUUGAUAGUUUGUUUGUUUGCCCUUCAACACUAUGGCACUCAUCGGGUUGGAUUCUUAUUUGCACCAAUUAUUGUGACAUGGCUUCUCUGUAUCAGUACACUCGGUAUAUACAACAUUGUUAAGUGGAAUCCACUUAUAUACCAAAAAUUGUCUCCAUCUUACAUGUUCAAAUUCUUGAAGAAGACGAGAAAAGGUGGUUGGAUGUCUUUAGGAGGAAUCCUACUAUGCAUGACAGGGUCAGAGGCCAUGUUUGCAGAUUUAGGUCACUUCUCGUUUAGAGCAAUUCAGAUUGCCUUCACUUCAUGUGUUUAUCCAGCUUUAGUUUUGGCAUACAUGGGACAAGCGGCUUACUUAUCGAAACAUCACUCGAUGAACAACAAUUACCAAAUUGGCUUCUAUGUCUAUGUUCCAGAGAGUGUGAGAUGGCCGAUGUUUGUGAUAGCGAUACUUGCUUCUGUUGUUGGGAGUCAAGCAAUCAUCAGCGGAACAUUCUCCAUCAUAAGCCAAAGUCAAUCUCUUGGUUGCUUUCCGAGGGUUAAGGUAGUCCACACCUCUAACAGGAUUCAUGGCCAGGUCUAUAUUCCAGAGGUCAAUUGGGUGCUCAUGGUACUCUGUGUGGUGGCUGCGAUAGGCUUCCGUGACACGAAACAUCUAGGCAAUGCAUCAGGUUUAGCAGUAAUUACAGUUAUGUUGGUUACCACUUGCCUCACAUCCUUGGUCAUGAUCUUAUGUUGGCACACCUCCCUUGUUUUUUCCCUUGCAUUUUUUCUCAUCUUUGGAUCAAUAGAAGCCUUGUACUUCUCGUCUUCGCUUAUGAAGUUUCUCGACGGUGCUUGGCUGCCCAUCCUUCUUGCUUUCUUCCUGAUGGUUGUCAUGUUUGUGUGGCAUCAUUUUACGAUCAAGAAGUACGAGUUUGAUCUUCAAAACAAGCUUUCCAUCGAUUGGCUUCUCGCCCUUCGUGACUCUCUUGGCAUUUCACGUGUUCCUGGUGUAGGCCUUGUCUACACUAACAUUGUUAUUGGCGUGCCAGCAAAUUUUUCUCACUUUGUCACUAAUCUCCCUGCAUUCCACCAGAUACUUGUCUUUGUUUGUGUAAAGUAUGUUCCUGUUCCCUUUGUUCCUCCAUCUGAAAGAUACCUUGUAGGCCGUGUUGGGCCUCAAGAUUUCCGAUCUUACCGGUGCAUCGUACGGUAUGGUUACCGUGAUAUACACCAAGAUGUCAAUUCCUUUGAGUCAGAGUUGAUCGUUAGCCUUGCCAAUUUCAUACGAUCCGAAGCUUCGCUCCCUGGAAAUCUGUCUGAUGAGGCUAAUUGUGGAUUCACUAUCAUUGGAAGCUCGCCGUGCAAGUGGGCAAUCGAAGAGAACUCAGCAGAUGCAAGCACGAUGGUAAAGUUUGAGGACGAAAGGAACUCUAAUGACACAAAUCUCAGGAGUAAAGCAAAGAAAGUAAGGUUCCUUCUACCAGAGAAUGAGGGUGCAAAAGAUGGCAUUGUAUCCAAUGAGCUCCAAGAACUACUUUUGGCACACGAAUCUGGCAUCGCGUCCAUAAUGGGGCAUUCACACAUUCAAGCAAAGGCCGGAUCCUCGUUGAUAAAGAAGACGACAAUCAUCCUCUACAAUUUUCUCCGGCAGAAUUGUCGCGGACCCAAUGUGGCUCUCAGAUUGCCUCCAGAAUCACUCCUUGAAGUAGGAAUGGUUUAUCUAUUGUAAACUGAAGUAUGUUCGACCAAGAACCGUGUGCUACUAAGAAGAUGAAUCACUACAAGAAUCCUACUUGAUCUGUAAGUGUCGCAAAUCCAUUUUUAUUCCAUUUUUAGUGGAUAAGGCUAAACCAACAAAGAGAAUUUACAGACUUAAUUAUA